GGGCGGGCGGGGCAAAGCUGCAGGGAGGGAUCUGGUCACUGCCGCCCAGUCCCUGCCGCGCCCGCGAUCUGCUGACAGGCCGAAUCAUGAAGCUGCCUCUCCUGCCCGGGGCCCUGCUACUGCUGGUGGCAGCCACCGGCCCCGGCCCCCAGCCCGCAGCAGGUACCAGGAGCUGUGCCCAGCGCUGUGGGGAGCAGGUUGGGCUGUGUUCCUGCCACCCCACCUGUGCCGGCCUUCGCACCUGCUGCUCCGACUUCCAGGACUUCUGCCUGGACAUCUCGCCCUACUCAGGCUCCUUGAUGGGAGGCAAGGACUUUGUGGUGCAGCACCUCCGCCUGCCCAGCUCCUCCAGCGGUGUGCUCUGCAGGUUUAAGGAAAGUAUCCAGACCCUGGGCCACGUGGACACCCUCGGCCGUGUGCACUGCGUGUCGCCUCUCCUCUAUGAGACGGGCCGCAUCCCCUUCACCAUCUCCACCGACAAUGGCCUCUCCUUCCCACGCUCGGGCACCUGGUUGGCUGUGCACCCCAGCAAAGUGUCAGAGACAGAGAAGAGCGAACUAGUGAAUGAGACCCGCUGGCAGUACUAUGGCACUGCUGGCACCUCGGGGAACCUCACUAUGAGCUGGAACACCUCCUCUCUGCCCACACAGUCUGUCACCAUCGAGCUGUGGGGCUACGAGGAGACAGGGAAGCCUUACUCAGAGAACUGGACAGCACAGUGGUCAUACCUCUAUUCCCUGGCCACCAAUGCCCCCAACUCUGGCCUCUUCACCUUCACUCCAAGACCUGCACCUCAAAAGUACCAAAAAUGGAAAGUGGGUGCACUGAGGAUUGUGGACAGCAAACACUAUGAGGGGCAGAAAGAUGUGUCUGCACUCUGGACCAACGAGCAUGCACUGGCUUGGCAUUUGGACGAGGACUUCCGGGCUGACCCCCAGGCCUGGGCUCGAGCUCAGUGCCUGGCCUGGGAGGAGCUGGAAAAGCAGCUGCCCAACUUCCUGGAGGAGCUUCCUGACUGCCCCUGCACCCUGGCCCAGGCCCAGGCCGACUCUGGCCGCUUCCAUACGGACUACGGCUGUGACAUCGAGCGAGGCAGCGUGUGCACCUACCACCCAGGGGCUGUGCACUGUGUGCGCUCCGUGCAAGCCAGCCCCAGGUACGGCUCUGGCCAGCAGUGCUGCUACACAGCCGAUGGCACACAGCUGCUCACCAGGGACUCCACCAGUGGCAGCACCCCAGACCGUGGCCAUGACUGGGGGGCACCCCCGUUCCGCGCGCCGCCCCGAGUGCCUGGCCUCUCCCACUGGCUCUAUGACGUCAUCAGCUUCUACUACUGCUGCCUCUGGGCCCCUGAGUGUCCCCGCUACAUGCAGAGGCGGCCCUCCAGUGACUGUCGCCACUACACUCCCCCCCGCAUAGCUUCUGCCUUUGGAGACCCACACUUUAUCACCUUCGAUGGUGCCAAUUUCACCUUCAAUGGGCACGGCGAGUACGUGCUGCUGGAGGCCGACCUGACCAACCUGCGAGUGCAAGGCCGAGCCGAGCCUGGAACUGAGCUCCAGGGUCCCACGACCCUGGGCACGGGACUGACGGCCGUGGCUGUGCAGGAGGACAACUCAGACGUGCUGGAGGUUCGGAAGGUGGGCGGCAGCCUGCAGGUGCUGCUGAACCAGGAGACUCUCAGCUUUAUGGAGCAAAGCUGGCUGGACCUGAAGGGCAUAUUCCUGUCUGUGGCCUCUGGGGACCGAGUUUCCGUCAUGCUGUCAUCUGGGGCUGGGCUGGAGAUCAGCCUCCAGGGGCCAUUCUUGAGUGUGUCAGUGCUGCUGCCGGAGAAGUUCAUCACACACACGAAGGGCCUCCUGGGGACGCUCAAUGGGGACCCAGCCGACGACUUCACCCUGCGCAAUGGGCAGGUCCUGCCAGUCCAGGCCAGCUCCCGGGAGCUGUUCAGUUUUGGGGCUGACUGGGCCGUGGAGAACGCCUCUUCCCUACUCACCUACGACUCCCAGUACCUGGUGAAGACCUUCCUCCAUGGGCCCAAGCAUGACCCCAGCUUCCAGCCCCUCUUCCCUGAGGAGACCACCCCUAACCCUGGGCUGGCAGCAGAGGCAGCCAAGUUGUGCGGGGAUGACCAUUUCUGCACCUUCGACGUGCUGGCCAGCGGGAGCCUGAAUGUGGGCAACGCCACCAGGGCAGCCCACCAGCAGCACUGGCGGCUCUCGGACAGCCUGCAGCCUGUGACUUCCUGUGGCUGGCUGGCCCCACCCACCAAUGGGCGCAAGGAUGGCACCAGGUACCUGGUGGGCUCCACCAUUCGCUUCCACUGUGACAAUGGCUACAGCCUGGUGGGGGCAGAGGCCAGCACGUGCCAAACUGGUGGCACCUGGUCCAAGCCCACCCCGACAUGCGAGCCAGCCCGCAGCUACACAGUGUUACUGAGCAUCAUCUUCGGAGGGCUGGCUGUGGUGGGCCUGGGCGUCAUCAUUUACAUGUUGCUAAGCCGCAGGAAAAGCAGCAGGACUAGCUGGGGUUCACACCCUUGAGGAAGAGCAAACAGUCUGCAGCAGGAGGACCAUGGGGCCACCCCAGGACUGAAGACCGGCCUUGCAGGAGAAACCCCAAGCUCCGGAGAAUGUGCAUCCCAGGACUUCAGCACCAUAUGCCUGGCCCUGGGCCCCUGAUACCUGAGUCUUUAUUGCCCUUGGACUCUCAACCUGUCAACUUGCUGUCAUGUCAGAUCUGGACCCCAAGCUCCUGCAGUGCAGCCCCUGAGGCCCUGUCCCCCAAAUCCUCCAGACCCUUGAAUUCUAAUGCCUACCUCUCAAACUCUUAACACUCUGGCACCUGACACUCAGAUGAUCCAUCGCUAUGUACUGAGCCUGCUGCCCUACACAGCAGCCCCAGGGCUGAGCAGCCCUGCUUCCCUGUAUGCCUGAGACUCAGAGGCCCCGAGAAGCCUGAACCUAGAGUCAGCCCCAAGCUCCCGAUGGAUGUCACUGAGAACACCCUCCUGCUUGUACUUGCAGAAAACAAGCCUGUGCUGUCCUCUC